GAGAGAGAAGAAAAUAGAAAACAAAAAGGAAAACAAAAUUCUCGGAAAAACAAAGGAAAAGCAAGACAGACAUUACACAGGUGGGCGACGGUACAAUCCAAACUUUUGCUUUCCAGUCAUCCCAUCCGACGUCUUCAUCGUUUUUUUCGUUCAAAUCUUACAGCCUCCUCGUUCCGGAAGCGCAAUACAACAGACCAUCUCUUUCCGUCUCUUCGCCCUGCCCGGGGACGUCCAUCUUGUUUCGAGAUUGCCGUCCGUCCCGCUCCUGCUCCGAGCUCGUUCUUGAAACGGUUCCUCCGUCUUGAACGGAGAGCGCCGACUGGGGAGGGAGGGAGGAGGGAGAGCGCGCUUGAUUUUCCAUCUGGGUAUCGAUGGGUGGAGGCGACGUGGAAGAGACGAUGUGAAAGGGGAGGCCUUUCUCUCUCUCUCGCUCUCUCUCUCUUUCUUGGUGGAUAGACCAGAGAAAUGAGCAAAGAAAAUGUUGGCAUUGUCAAGGCCUGGGAAUUAACAGUACGCAAAUCGCAAGCUGCUGCUGCGACCAAACGAAGGGGGAACAGCAUCUUCGCCGUGAUGUCGGUGGCGCACGUCGACGACGACGGCGAGGAGGACGAGGACGGCGGCAAUGCCGGCCCCCGCGAGGUCUGCCACGCCGAGAAACUCCUCUCCAACGGCGACUUCUACACUGGCCAGUGGGCCGACAACCUCCCCCACGGUCACGGGAAGUACCUAUGGACUGAUGGGUGUAUGUAUGUUGGCGAGUGGCACAAAGGCAGGACCAAUGGGAAAGGGAAGUUUUGUUGGCCUAGCGGAGCGACUUACGAGGGCGAAUUCAAUAAUGGGUAUAUGGAUGGCAAAGGGACUUACACGGGUCCCUCAGGGGAUACAUACAGAGGUUCUUGGACCAUGAACUCGAAACAUGGACAAGGGACUAAGAGUUAUGCCAAUGGAGAUUAUUAUGAAGGCGAAUGGCACCGCGGGUUGCAGGAUGGUCAUGGGAGGUACCAAUGGACGAAUGGUAACCACUAUGUUGGACAAUGGAAAAACGGGGUGAUCAAUGGAAAUGGCACGAUGAUUUGGAGUAAUGGAAACCGGUAUGAUGGGUUAUGGGAAGACGGUUUGCCUAAAGGAAAUGGGACCUUCAGAUGGGCAGAUGGGAGUUUCUACGUGGGUGUUUGGAGUAAAGACCCGAAGGAGCAGAGUGGAACGUAUUAUCCGUCCGGCUCGAUGGCGGGUAGUAUCGAUUUCGACCCACAAAAGGUUUUUGCAGUGGAUUUAAACGAUUGUAAAGUAUCAACUGGUGAAAAGGUGCCGGUUUUGCCUUCACAGAAGAUGCUAAACUGUCCUCCUGUUGUUGAGGGGAUGUUCAAGCCCUCGAAGGGCAAUGAUGGAAAGUCAAGGCGAGCAUCGGUAGAUGGGAGGGUUUGUAAUUAUGGCUGGGAUUCGGAUGGUGAUAGAAAUGGUGACACGACACCCAGGAGUAUGGUUGAAGGGCUAGGAAGUAUUGAGCUUGAUGAUUCAGACACGAGAAUUGCGCGCACAAGGCAAUUGGCUUCGAGAAUACAGCCAGUCAAGAGACAAGGGGAGACAAUAACGAAGGGGCACAAGAACUAUGAGCUAAUGCUCAAUCUGCAACUAGGAAUCAGGCAUUCAGUUGGGCGGCCUGCUCCAGCUACCUCUCUGGAUCUGAAGGCUUCGGCUUUUGAUCCUAGAGAGAAGGUGUGGACAAGAUUUCCCCCUGAAGGAUCUAAACAUACUCCACCUCACCAAUCUUGUGAAUUCAAGUGGAAGGAUUACUGCCCAGUGGUUUUCAGGACUCUCAGAAAGUUGUUCAAGGUGGACGCAGCAGAUUACAUGAUUUCUAUAUGUGGAAAUGAUGCUCUUCGCGAACUUUCAUCCCCAGGAAAAAGUGGAAGUUUCUUCUACUUAACCAAUGACGACCGCUACAUGAUUAAGACAGUGAAGAAAGCAGAAGUGAAGGUGCUCUUGAGGAUGCUUCCUGCCUACUAUAACCACUUCAGGGCAUAUGAGAAUACUCUAGUCACCAAAUUUUUUGGCCUACAUUGCGUCAAAUUGACAGGGGCUACCCAAAAGAAGGUAAGAUUUGUCAUAAUGGGAAAUCUUUUCUGUUCGGAGUACGCUAUACACAGACGCUUCGACUUAAAAGGUUCUUCACAUGGUCGUAUCACUGAGAAGCCAGAGGCAGACAUUGAUGCAACCACCACCCUAAAAGACCUAGACCUCAACUUUAUUUUCAGAUUGCAGAAGUUUUGGUUCCAAGAAUUUUGCAGACAAGUGGACAGGGAUUGUGACUUUCUUGAACAGGAGAGGAUAAUGGACUAUAGUCUUCUGAUUGGUCUUCACUUUCAGGAUAUAUCUUAUAACAAAGAUUUGCUCACGGCGGAAGCUCGUCCUUCCAGGGCUCAAACUCCUAGAGGGUUCGGAGACACUGACAGCAGCAUGGGACGAUUUUCAAAUGUAGAGGUGGAUCGAAACCUCUUGGAUCCUACCAGAUGGGCUUCCAUUAAAUUGGGAGUAAACAUGCCUGCUCGAGCUGAGUUAACCGUGAGGAGAACCGAUAGUGAAUCUCAGCUGAUUGGAGAUCCUACAGGAGAAAUGUAUGAUGUUAUCAUCUACUUUGGCAUAAUAGACAUUCUGCAAGAUUAUGAUAUCAGCAAGAAGAUUGAGCAUGCAUACAAAGCAUUCCAAUAUGAUCCGACUUCAAUAUCAGCAGUUGAUCCCAAGCAGUACUCGAGACGCUUCCGCGAUUUCAUAUUCAGAAUUUUUGUCGAAGAUAACUGAAGGUUCAGAUUGACCAACUAUUUCAUCAAUCAUACACACUGUACAUCCAUGUACAGCCAAUUUUUGUUUGGGAAGGCAUUCUCAUCUGCAUCAGGAUCACGGCCCUCAGGUCUUUGAGUUGGAAUUUUGAGCAAGACAUUCUGACUGUGGGAACAUGUGUUUUGUGAUCAGCUCGCGAUUUUUCCACAGCGGCUCAUCAAGUUAACGGUUCCAUAGGCACAGGGUUCGUGUUGGAGCAAAAGUGUUGCCUGGAGCCAUGAAGAGAAGUUGACCCCCCAAGCCUAUUUCAAAUGUAAAUGCACUAACCAACAGGCAUUUGAUUAUGGGAAAUUUGCCACUUUUUUGUACCGAAAUAUUUCCCAGGAGAUGAGGAUGUCUCGAAAUUCAGGACGAGUUAAGAUGUAUAGUAGAUUAAUGAGAAGGAAAGUUCUGCAAGUGGUACUCAGAUUUGUGCUGAACGAUCUUAGGCUCGUUCUGGUGUUAUUUAUUGUAGACUUGGACUGAGAAAAAAGUAAUUACGAUAGCCAAUAUUAAAACUUCUGAGUCUGCUUUUGAGCUCCAAAUGGUUGUAAAUACCAGUUUGGGGAAGAGCAGAAAGUAGCGGAAAAGUGCUGUUUUUUGUGCAUUCAGCUGCUGAAUCUGAUCUUCCAUACCCUAUAUGUAGCAGAAC